GGAAGGACAAAAAUACAAAAAUGAUACAACAUUAUGGAGUUUUCUGCCACAGUGAUCUUGGCAGGGCUAAUCUUAGCUCUGCUGUGGCUGUUUAGUGUAAAAAGAAGGAAGUAUCGCCUGCCUCCAGGACCUGCUCCACUUCCUCUUCUAGGAAACCUGCCACAAAUAGACAAAAAUGCACCUUUUAAAAGCAUUCUUAAGUUCAGUGAAAACUAUGGUCCUGUGAUGACACUGUACAUGGGCAGGCAGCGGACAGUGGUUCUGGUGGGGUAUGAUGCUGUGAAAGAAGCCUUGGUGGAUCAGGCAGAUGACUUCACAGGCAGAAUGCCCGUGCCAUUUCUGUUCAAAGCUACCAAAGGCUAUGGUUUAGGAAUCAGUAAUGGGGAGCGCUGGCGCCAAAUGCGACACUUCACACUUACAACCCUGAGAGACUUUGGGAUGGGACGCAAGGGGAUGGAAGAAUGGAUCCAAGAAGUCAGCGAACACUUGAGGGCUCACAUACGUACAUUUAAAGGUAAACCAUUUGACCCCCAAUUUGUGUUAAGCAGCACCGUUUCUAAUGUGAUCUGCUGCCUGGUCUUUGGGGAACGCUUCGCUUUUGAAGACAAGCAGUUCCUGCACCUUCUGACCAUCAUGUCUAAGAUGUUAAGGUUCAGUAGUAGUCCUCUUGGUCAGAUGUACAACAUCUUUCCCUGGCUCAUGGAGCAUCUCCCUGGCUACCACCAAACUAUUUUUGGCUAUAUAAAGGAGGCCAGAGAUUUUAUCGAAAGGAAAAUCCAAGAGCACAAAGAGACACUGGACCCCAGCUCCCCGAGAGACUACAUUGACUGCUUCCUCAUCAGAAUUAAUCAGGAAAAGAACAAUCCCUCAAGUGAGUUCAACUACGACAACUUGGUUUCUACUGUAUUGAAUCUGUUUGUUGCUGGAACAGAGACCACCAGCUCCACCGUGAGAUAUGCUCUCGCUGUGCUGAUUAAAUACCCCAAAAUACAGGAGAAAAUGCAGCAAGAGAUUGACACUGUAAUGGGAAAAGAUCGUUGUCCCAGGAUGGACGACAGGAAGUCCCUCCCAUUUUCAGAUGCUGUCAUCCAUGAGGUGCAGCGUUUUCUUGACAUUGCCCCCUUGAGCGCACCUCACUAUGCACUGAAUGACAUAUCCUUCAAGGGUUAUACAAUCCCAAAGGACACUGUAAUUAUUCCUCUCUUGCACUCUGUGCUGAAAGAGGAAAAGCAAUGGGCCACUCCCAGGUUCUUCAAUCCCCAGCACUUCCUGGACCAUAACGGCAACUUCAAGAAAAAUCCUGCAUUCAUGCCAUUCUCUGCAGGGAAGAGAGCGUGUGUUGGCGAGUCUCUUGCUCGUAUGGAGCUUUUUAUCUUCUUAGUCUCACUGGUGCAGGAUUUCAGCUUUUCCUGUGAAGGAGGCCCUGACAGUGUAGACCUCGAGCCAGAGUACAGCAGCUUUGCCAAUUUACCUCGAACUUAUCAAAUCAUAGCCACAGCACGUUAAAAAGAGAGUCACUCAAUCUGUCAUCAUUUGAAGCACUAUGACUGACAUGGAUCUCUACAACAUGCUGUAUUGCAUUAAUGUGGUGCAGUAGCAUUAAAUGCACAAUUAAAAGUAGAGUUAAAUGAAUGUGCAAUCAAUCUUUUCUGUUAUGUCUGUGAUACAGAACAAAAGACAUUAAACCCCAAGAAAAUGCUUUGGAGUAAUAAUUAGAGUAGUAAUUAGAUCAAACAUAAACUAACUAGCAAUGAGUAUAAACUACAUAGAUCUAGUACCAAUCACAAAUCUAACAAACAAGUAACAGAAUACAAAGCUUAUCUAAUAGAUGACAGUUGAAAUUUUGCUGUAUUGCAUAGCUCAUGUAUGAAUCCUGCUUUGCCUGUACUCUUUAUUCCUUACGUAUAUCUGGAUGCAGUGGAUUCAAGGUAAAGAUAAUAAAUAACCUGCAAAAGCAUUACAGCUUCAUGCAUACCCUUGCUUUUCUAAGACAUCAAAAAAGAUCUUUAAAACAACAUUUUAACUGUAACAAAUAGCAGUUAAUUGUUGCACCAGAGUGGAUCAAUAUAUUCAUUGUAACCACACUAUUACAACACCAACAGUCACAAUAUCAAUAAAUGUUAAUGAUUGAGGAGCUUUAAAAAGGUUACACUGAGUGACCUAUGUGCCAGACAGCCAGUGGAUGUCCAAGUAAACACAUAGGCAACAUUAUGUCAUGUCAGACAAAGCUAAAGACUAUACUGUAAAUACUGACAGCAUUUAAAAGUACUGACAUGGUAGACCUAAAGUUAAUAAUUUGAAAACCCAAUAUGAUUGUUGGGUUUUUCUCUGUAGAUAUUAUUGUUGGGUCUGCCUUAAAAUAUAAAGCACCUUGAGGUGACUGUUGUUGUGAUUUGGGGCUGUAUAAAUAAAAUUGAAUUGAAUUGAAAAUGGUCAAAGCACACCAUCAGAGCAGCCUGUUAUUACUACUUGUAGAGUGCUCUGAUAGAAUCCCCAUUAACUUAAGAAAAAAUAGUCGUCCUCUAGUAUAGAAUUGAAGGAUAUCUGUCCUCUUCCAGAAGCACAUUGCUUUAUUCUUUGACGUCAACCUUCAUGUCUGCUUCUUUUUGCAUUGUCAUCAUGCUGCUGAAGCACCAUAUCUGCAUUUAAGGGCUUUAUGUUAAUGUACAACCGUGUUCUAUCAAUAAUUACAAAUGUCAUGCUCAUUGUUUGCUGCAUGACAUGACUAGUGGGUUUAAUUUUUUCAAAAUAAAUGAUGUAAAACCUAAAAAAAUAUAUUCUCUCUGUUUAUGGUGUUGAAAUUAAUAAAAAACAAAUAAUAGUCCAUUUACUAAUUUCGGGUAACUUGUUGCUGCUUUCUAAAUUGAUACAUAGUUCAAAAUUUGGUAUAGACACAUUACGAGGGAUUUCUUGACUCGGUUCAAAAUGGAACCAAACCAAAUGCAAAAGCAAUACAAACACUAUGUGUUGCACUUAUAAGUUAACUAAUAGCUAGUACAAAUUACUUUAAGCCUGUCAACAAAGCAUAAAGGUUUUUAUGUAAAUACCUAGUCUUGAAUAUCAAAUUGUAAUCACUGUUUAAACUUUACAAAACUAUGUUUGUCCUUAGUGCUGAGCAGGUAACCCCAGUUUCAUAUGAAGAAGAAAAUAAACAAUCCAAAUAAAGUCUGACAAAGAUUUGAUAAUGAAUAACUUUGUGAAAUGUUCCUUUCAAAUUUAGAUCAUGAGUAUUUGCUACUUCACUUGCCUUCACUGUAAACAUAUUUUAUGUUUCUACAAGUGAAGCACAAUAUUGGAUUGCUUGGAUUCAUUUCACAGAGUUGAUUGGUUUUUUAAGAGAGCAGAUUUGUAUUAGAAACUGAACCUAUUUUAUAAUA